AUGCAUCGUUCAAGAAAUUCUGAAAUUCUCUUGAGACCUGCAAGCCCCCUGUAUCGUGGCCGAGACUCGUAUUCAUAUGAUUACUUUUCUGAGCGUCCACUAGAACUGUCUAGAAGAUCCAGAUCUCUUGAAUGUGGAAGAGAUUUCCUUCGUGAUAGUUAUUAUGACGACUAUGAUGACAGAAGAUUUGACAGAACUCAUAUGAUAAAUGCUACAUUGCCCAGAAGGCGUUAUGAUUAUCAGCCAUUCUAUGUUACUUCACAUCCUCGUGAAACGCGCUUUUAUCCUGACGAUUCUGUGCGUCUUCAAGCCAUUGAAGCUGCACCGAUCAGUCAACAUUACUCUCCAAGACCAAUGGAUUACGAAUGGCGAUAUGAACGUAGUUUUCGAGAGAAAUCAGGUUCUCCACUUUCACCCAGUUCUCCGCGAGAUGACUAUGAUCAUAGGGGUGGCAUGUACAGUGCACAACGUUCCUAUAAUACAUGGAACCGUAGCUAUUAUAAGGAACCAACGACAACAUCGGCCCUUAAUGGACCAUCUGGUGGUGGUAGCGGUUAUCUAACCUCAAUGAACACAUUAAACAGAACCGGUGGAGGGUAUCUAAGACCAUCGUAUCAAAAAACAUAUCCACGUCGUGAUAUACGAGAGCAAAAAUAUCGUUUAAUACACUGCUGUUGUUUUAACUUUCGAUGGCCACCGUGGGGCGUUGAGGAAACGGAUCCUCCACGGCCAAUGUAUCGGCAUUACUGA